ACCUUUUAAAUGUAUCAGAUCUAAAAUAUGGUUUCAUACCAUGUUGCUUAGAGAAAAUAUAAGCACAGACACAGGCUUGACAUUUAUCCUGUUUGACUUCGUUCUAAGAAAUGCACAUAACUUAAUAAGUACCAAACUUUCAUCUGUGAAUAUUACAUAUUAAAUAUUUUAACUUUAGUAUUUUUCUUUCAUUUUCCGUGACUGAAGCCAUCAAAUGUAACACAUCAGCGAGGCAAAACUGACGUUUAAUUGUGAAAAUGUGCUUUGAUGCGCUUGUUUGAUAACUUGUGGUUAAAGCGCCACUCAGCGGUCAAAAGCUGCAAAUGCACUUUACAAACACCGCGGCGGCGGUACGUGCGGUGGUAAAAAGUUAGAGGGUCAAAGAUGGAAGAGAUGUGUUUUAAGCCGAUUCUUGAAGAUGGCUAAGGACUCAGCUGUCCGGAUUGAGUUGGGCAGGUCAUUCCACCAGGACGGAACAUUUAAUUUAAAAGUCCAUAAAAGUGACUUUGUGUUUCUUUGGGAUGGCACAAUCAAGUGAUGUUCGCUUGCAGAACGCAAGAUUCUAGAGGCACAUAAGUCUGAAGUAUUUCCGUUUGUAUUUAUUUUCCACGUGAAAUCACUGAAACUGCACAAAACGCCCCCAAAAUGAGAGAAAGCUGCAGUCUCGGGGUGAUCCUCCCGCUUGCUGUGCCCUGAGUGAUUCUCUUCAUACGGGUCGUGGUAAGCGGCGGAACCGAGGUGGCGCCAAUAUCAGUGAAUAUUACCACAAAUGCCCAAAUGACAGCACAGUUUUGCUUCACCAAAACAUGAAUUGGGACAAUUCUUUUACCCUCUAUUACUAGCAGCGAACAACAUUAACGCUAACUUAGUGGCAUGCUCUAAUGCUAGUAUUUGUAUUUUCUGUCAUUCAGGAUUUGUACAGAGAUGAAGACUGCCAUCUAGCUGUCGGGAAAAUAAACUCAAAAUAAAACUUCCAUGUAUCUUUUUAAUCCGUUUUUGAAAAAUCGAUACAGUAUCGCCAAACAAAAUAUCAUGAUACUCACGUCUAUCGAUAUUUUCUUACACCCCUAGAUAUAAUGUGGGCAGGGAGGAACAAACGACUUGAAACGACGUCUGCUCACCACACUUUUUGAUUUACUCUUUGGCAUAUUUUUCUUUUUCUCGCUUACAGAGUUUUGACUGACUGCAUGUUUGCAUACAUUCACACACACACCACAGACACACUCGCUGAAGAGCUAAAGCUAACGUGUGCUUGCCGGAUCUGCCUUUAUGCUUCCUGCUGGCUUACGUCACCCUGCUCUUGACUUCUUGCUUCACUAUUGGACUGAUUUCAUACAUGCUUCAGUACAGUGUCUUACUGGGGGCGUUCCCAAAGCGUUCAAUGCAGCUCAAGUUCCUGAAGGGGAACCAAAGUUUCCAAACAGACAGUGGAAUAUCAGUCAGUCAAACAAAAAGCAUGCAACUCCUCAGAUUGACAGAUAUGUAAAAAUAAACAGGAAUUUUCCAAUGUUUGAGUGAUUAGCCUAGUUACUGUUUUGUACACAUUGUCAUGUUAACUGUAAUUCAAAUGCAUUUUGUUUUAUAGACAACAAUAUCAUUGCUAAUUAUCUGAGUGGGGCACUUCUGAAUAAUUUUGAAAAAGGGCCUUCAAGCCCUCCAAGGCCCUCUCUAACAUAUUCCAAAUGUCUACCCACUGAAUUUAUAAAUAAAUUAUUAGGAUAUACAAAUGUUUUGUGCAUUGUCAAGUAAUUCAUCCACAACAUACAAUGUUUUAUAUUUAACCAGUUUUUGUAAAAAAUCAACAGCCCCAUUUAGUAUAGAAAGGAAGAUAUCGGAGAGAAGAAGGAGCAUGACUCCACCACCAGAGAUGUCUGAAUUAAGGAUUUGGUUGUUGGGAGAAGACUGGUCUGAUAAGAGUUCAGUGGGAAACUUGCUCUUGAGAAGAAAUGAAUUUGAAACAGAAACCUCUCUCCCACUUCAUCAGUGUGUUAAACCAGGCAGAGGACAGAUUGAGGAUCAAAGCAUAUCUGUGGUCAUCACACCAAAUCUGUUUAACAGAAAUGUUCCUGCAGAUCAAGUUACUCAGGCACUAAAAAAUUGUGAAGCCAUGUCUGCUCCAGGUCCACAUGUACUUCUGCUAAUUCUGCAACCAGAUACUUCCAAAGAGAAGCUCAAAUAUAUGAGUAAGACCAUGAACUCCUUGUCAGAGCACGCAAUGAAUCACACGUUGGUACUGGUGAUGGAGGGAGAGAAAAAAAUCAGUCCUGCUAAAGAGAUAGAACUUGAAAAUGUAUUUAAGGAAAAAUACCACAAAUUAAACACAAUAAUCGCAGAUCAACAGAGUUUAGUAACUGACCUAUUUGAAAAAAUUAAGAACGUUGUGAAGGAGAAGCAAUGGAAUUAUCUCAGCCUGGAAAUAUAUGUAUCACCACCAGAGAUGCCAUCAAAGAAAAAAGUGAUGGAGAAAUUUGCCGGAUUUUCAUCAGACCUUAAACACAAAAUUGGAUCACUUGUGCAAACAUCUCAGAGUACAAGAAACAAAGAGGUGCCUGUUCUCAGUCUGGUGAUAUUUGGUAGUAACAGUGCUGGGAAGACUUUAGCAGUGAACACAAUACUGGGCCUCAGAGAGUCUGCAGAAGUGUCUGAAUUUGACACCCAUCAUAAAUGUGUCAAGAGAGAGGGUGUGAUAUGUGGACACAAGGUCAUCCUGGUUGAAAUGCCGAAGCUAAACAAAACAUCUCUGUCUCAGAAGGAUGUGCUGCCCGAGGCAUACCGUGCUCUGUCUUUGUGUUCAUUUAACAUAAACGCAUUUCUCCUGGUCCUUACUGUUGAUCCGCUCACUGACGAUGAUAGAGUAGAACUGAAUUUAAUGAGUGACACAUUUGACACAGCUGAUGGACAGUUCUGGAAUUGUCUGAUGAUCAUGUUCAUAUAUCAAGGGAACAGACAGGACAAGAUUGUCAAUGAAUUCAUACAUGUAAACAAAGACAUUCAGACAUUAUUGAAGAAAUGUGGGAACAAAUAUUACAUACUCAGUGUUGAACAAAGACCAGAUAGUACACAACUCUCAGAAUUGCUGCAGAUGAUCUAUGGAGUUACUUGUUACUCGUCUGACACAUAUCUGCAGGCUCAGAUGGAUAACAGAAUUCAACUACAGGACAGAAUUAUAGAAGUGGAGAAAGAAAUCAGAACUUUAAAAAAGAUGAAUCAAAAAGCUGAGACUGAGAGAUCAAGCACAAACUGUGUGAGGAUUGUGCUUAUUGGAAAAACUGGAAAUGGGAAAAGUGCCACAGGAAACACUAUACUAAACAGAAAGGCUUUUAAAUCCCAAGCCAGUUUUAAAUCAGUGACAUCCUCUUGUCAGAAGGAAGUUGGGUUUGUUAAUGGACAUCCAGUCACUGUUGUUGAUACACCAGGUCUAUUUGACACACAACUCCCUACAGAUGAUGUAAAGCAAGAGAUACUGAAGUGCAUUAGUCUCCUCUCUCCAGGACCUCAUGUGUUCUUGCUGGUGCUUCGAAUUGGAAGAUUCACUUGUGAAGAAAAAGAAGCUCUUAACCUGAUCAAGGAAACUUUUGGGAAGAACGCUGGAAUGUUUAGCAUCAUAAUAUUCACUCAUGGUGAUCAGCUGCAAGAUCAGACAAUUGAGAGCUGUCUAGAAGAUACAGAUUCACAUAUGAAGAAGCUGAUCAGAGAUUGUGGAGGAAGAUAUUUUGCGAUUGACAAUACAAAACCAGACAAUUCUAAACAAAUUACUGACUUACUGGAAAAAAUCAACAGUAUGGUUGAAAAAAAUGGAGGAGGGUGUUACACCAAUGAGAUGUUUGAAGAAGCAGAAGCUGCCAUAAAACUGGAAAUGGAAAGAAUAUUACAGAAAAAGAAAGAAGAGAUGGAAAAAGAGAACAAACUUUUAUGUGAAAAACAUGAGAUGGAGAUGGCUGAGAUGAACAGAAGAAUAGCAGAACAAAGAGAGUUAAUGGAAAGAGAGAGGAAAGCAAAGGAGGAAGAACUCAGAAUUAAGGAAGAGUUCUUGAGAAAUGAACUUAAGAGAAGAGAUGAACAAGAAGAGAAGGAGAAGAAAGAAAGACAAGUAGCUGAAGACUUAAGAAGAAUAGAAGAGGAGGAUAAACAGGAACAAUGGAAAAGGAAACUACAAGAAAUAGAAGAGAAACGAAGAAGAUUAGAAGAAGAACAACAGAACAGAGACCAGGAAUAUAGAGAGAAGUAUGAGAGAGAGAGGAGAAAAAUGGAGGAAAUUCAUAAAGAAAGGCUUAAGAGAGAACAUGAGGAAGAAUACCAUAAAAGACUUAAAGAGGAGAGGAGUGAAUGGGCGCUGAAAGAAAAGAAAAUGAUUGAAGAAUUUGAACAUGAAAAAAGAAAAAGAGAAGAAAAGGAAAAUGAGAGAAUUGAGGAGGAGCUUAAAGAAAGAGAGAGAAUAGAGAGAGAGUAUGAGAAUAGUAAAAUAGAGAUGAGAAAACAGAGGAAUGAAUGGGAAAAAUCAUGGAAGGAAGAAUGGGAUAAAAGAAUAAGAGAAGAGCACAAAAGAAGGGAAGAAGAGAGAGAAAAACUGAGAAAGCUUGAAGAAGCAUUUGACCGAGAGCGUAAAGAGGAGGAGGAGAAGAGGAAGAGAGAAGAUAAAAAAAGACGAGAACAGGAGGAGAAAGAACGAAAAGUAAUGGAGGAAGAAUAUGAAAGGAAAUUAAAAGAAAUGAAGGGAAAGUAUGAAGAUGAGGCCAGAAAACAAGCAGAGGAAUUCAAUGAAUUCAGAGAGAAAUAUACUAAAGACUUUCACGCUCUCAUGUUAAAGCAUGAUUCAGAGAUGAAGGAGCUGAAGCUAAAGCAUGAAAGAGAGGUCCGUGAGAAUCAAAAAGAGUACAGCGUAUUGAGUGAACUCUCAAAACAAAAAGAGAAAAAUCUGAAUGAAAAAAUGAAUGAAAUAGAAGAAAAACAUCAAAGAGAGGUUGAUGAGCUGAAGAAGAAGUAUGAAUCUGCAUGUGUUUUACUGUAAUAGCUACUGAUCUCUUUACGUCCUGACAUGUAUAAUAUUAGAAAUUUAGGUUCCAGUGAGUAUCUUGUGUGUCCAAGAGCUGCUUUAACUGUCAGCGGGUAAAUUUUACCCACACACAUUACAACUGUAUUUAUAUGGCUAAAGAAUAUAUUAUUUCACUUGUAUUAUGUCACUGUCUUCACAAAGAAGUUUCUAGAGUCAUUAAAUGAUUGUCUGGUCAUCAGCUAUAUUUUUGUCUUGUUUCAUGUUCAAGGCUUUUUUUUAUACAGACCACUAACAAGGGUCAAUAUAAGUUAACCAAGCCUGCACUGACAACGAGAAUUAAAAAUUAGUAAAUACAUAUUUUGGUGGUGAAGGAGUGGAUGCCGAGUUGCCAUAUCCUUCAUACUGAUAUUAAAUAUAUUAUUACAUGAUUUCUUGUUUGACUAUUAAUCAAGUUAUAGCAAGAGUGAAAUGUGUAACCUUAUGUGCGCUUAUGAGAUAUUAAAGAAUCCUGUUCUACCCUCAAGAUUAAUGUCCACAUAUUAUGUGUGUGUAUCCAACCAUAAUGAUAAGACACUUGCCAGUGCUAGAAAGCCUUGAAUUUUAGAUAAGUUCUCUGUGUAUGUGUGUUAGUAUCUGUCUGUACAGGGAGAAGCUCAGACAGUCCCAGGACAAACGAUCAACUGCCAGUGUCCAGCGUAUCAGAUAUACGUCUUUGGAGAGUUUAUCUAGGUUUUGGAACCAAUCAGAAUUUUGUUGACUUAUGUAUUGACGCAAUUAGUAUCCUCUGUCAGGGUAUAACUGGGGUUGAGUUGAGUUUGAGUUGUACGGGGGGGCGGCCUACGAACUCCGUCGAGAGUAUUGAAGCUGACUUCUGCUGAUGAAAUUGUAAACUAUUUUCUUAAAGUAAAAUUAUUAUUAUUAAUUGAACUCA